UUUUUUUUACAACAUAAACGCGUGCAAACCUUUGAAAUUUAUGAAAACAAACAGCUACUUCCGGUAGGUAAAUUUUGUUGACAAAUAUUUGUUCGUAUUUUAAAUUAUUACUGUUGCCAGUCGGUAGUCUUUUGUUUGUUCAGUAAAUUGUGGACAUGUCUCUGACAGCGAUCAGCAAUUUCAAUUGUUUUCUGACUAUAUGACUAUACGAAACAGCGGUUGCUUCUUAGGGCGCGGAAAGACCGAUGAAAUCGAGGAUAAAGUUAUCUGCCCUUUGUUAGGGGUCGCAACAUUUCCACUCUCAGCGUCUUCCUGAAGGAAGACUGUGGUAAUAAAAAUGGACCAAAUUCAGAAUGCUAGUAUACAGUACCACUACGCACCACAGACUGGUGAGCUGGUGGAAGGAUUUGACCCUAGUGGUGUACAGCCUGUUGGGGCAAUGACGGGAAUCAUUGACAGCCGACAAGUCAUCUACACCACCAGUGAUGGGGAUGGACAAUUACAGGUGUACCACCAUGAUGGCAGCCAAGCCAUACAGGGACUAGAGGGCCAGGACACGAUUGUGUUUCUUGACGAAGGUAUAAAGGUGGAGACAGAGACGGAGGUGGACACAGCAUCCGAGGCCAUAGAGGCUGUCAAGUACAUUGAAGAAGGUGGAGACCAGAAGCAAAAGUUUAUCAUCCAGAUGGCACCACAGGACCAAGAGGUCAAACAGGAGCCCCAACGUAUUAUAAUUCCAGGCUUGGAGAAUUCUGUAGUACAGUUGGAUGAACAAGUCCAUCGACCAGCAAAUAUUCGUCAUAUUCAAAGUAUACAGCCGAGAAGUGUAUGUCCAAAGAAAGCCAUUAAAGCUAUUGAAAAACCAAGGAGGUCACAACGUUUGAUAAUGAAACCGCCACAGAUUGCCCAACAAACUGUACCCCAGCCAGUCAAGUCUAAGGCUACUGUAAUCAGUAAGAGUGAAACAACACUACCAGCAAAAGUGGUGAUUAAAUCAAAGCAAGUUAAACAUCACAAAAAAUAUCCAACAGCACAGAGUGAAAAUACAGAAUACAUCUAUGUUACUAGAACACUUACAUCCCAUAAAGAUGACUCUCAGGAUGUUGGAAAAACAGUCUAUAACACCAUUAAAGUUUCAAGACCCCCAUUAAAACCAGUUGAUACUAAAACUACACCAGAGGCAACUGUACCUGUUAUGUCACAUGUUGAAGGGUCCUCUUCACAACCAGGAAGUUCACAACAAGUGGCAUCACCUAAAUUGAACCAAGAAACAGCACCAGCUCUAAUCCAGAUGGUGCCACCAGUUUCAAAACAGGUGACAUCAGUGUCACAACUGGUGGCAACAACAUCACAACAGGUGGCAACAACAUCACAACAGGUGGCAACAACACCACAACAGGUGGCAACAACAACACCACAACAGGUGGCAACAACAUCACAACAGGUGGCAGAAAGGUCUCAACAAGUGGCAGCAAUAUCACAAAAGGUGGCGACAGCAACGGUGCCAGUGCAGGCCUCAGGAAUAGAUAUAAGACUGUCUUCACAACAAAUACAGUCGCUGAUUAAACUUCAAAACAAAGGACCAAGGAUGGUGUCUGUGCUUGGAGCAAGCCGAAAUAUGGUCAGGAAAGAUGGCAGUGUCUUUCCUGUAGAUCCAGUAUCUAAGAAGAUAAUUUUUGUACCACUUUCUGCAGAUGAAGCAAAAGAGGCAGUCAGUUUAGAUGAUGAAGCAUCAGAUGUCAGUGAUGAAGAGCAGGAACCACUUGCAAAGAAAGCCAGACCAAAAUAUGAAACUUUAGAAAGAGCGACAAAAGGCAAAUUAAAGGGAAAGUGGAAAAAGAAGCCAAAUUACAAGAAUCCUAAACCAAAAUGCCAUUUCAGUCCAAAAGACGUGGCCCCACCACCAAAACAACCUGCAAAAUACCAAAAAAGAGAUAAAUCUAAUUCUAAAAGCAUGGAGACAGUCGCUUUAGAUCCAAAUAUUGUGAUAAAGAAGGAAGCAUCAGAUGUCAGUGAUGAAGAACAGGAACCCCUAGCAAAGAAAGCCAGACCAAAAUAUGAAACUUUAGAAAGAGCGACAACAGGCAAAUUAAAGGGAAAGAGGAAAAAGAAGCCGAAGUACAAGAAUCCUAAACCAAAACGCCAUUUCAGUCCAAAAGACGUGGCCCCACCACCAAAACAACCUGCAAAAUACAAAAAACGAGAUAAAUCUAAUUCUAAAAGCAUGGAGACAGUCACUUUAGAUCCAAAUAUUGUGAAAAAGAAGGAAGUAGAAAAGGGGGAGAAUGUCGCUUUACAAAAGCAAAAGAAAAAGGAUGAGGACGAACUGGAAGAAGAAUUAGAGGAGAAGAAAUGUCGGAUGUGCCUUGCCCUCCACAAUGCUGAAUGUCCAUUGAUGCGAAGGCGAGUUAGGCUGAAGAUAAAUGACAAUAUGGGUUGUUUGAAUUCCACCAUGCUUUCCCUAAAGUCACUCCCCAAAGAAUUUUUACUCAGUAGCAGAUAUGGACAUGAUCUAAGUGUGUUUGCCUCGGACAUCAUUGAGAAGGGCACCCACUUUGGACCAUUGGUGGGUGAACAGAUGACUUUUGAACAGAUUUCACAUAAAAUGGACUUCACACAUCUGUGGCUUAUCGAAACAGAGGAAACAAUCAGCGCAGUGGACAAGAAAAUAAUUAAGUACAAUUUCAUCAAUACCGGCAAUGAGAUGACAAGUAACUGGUGCAGAUAUCUGAGGCCCACUCUGAAUGCACAGGAAUGUAACCUGAUCAGUUAUUGUAAAAACGAGGAGAUUUGGUUUGUAGCCAGGGAAGACAUUCAGGAGGGUGAAGAGUUGAUAAUGUAUUUCCGCUUCAUCGAGGAUCUAUAUAAGCGGAAAUGGUUUGCUAACUUGUGUAACUGUACCCAGAAGCUGUGUAAGAGGUGCGAUGUGGUCUACACAAACCUCGUCAGCUAUGUGAAACAUGUUCAGGUGUUUCACCCAUACUUGCGGAGAAAACUCAAGGCUAUCUGCAAGGAGUGCGGUCUGGUGUUGGAGAGUACCGGAGAACUGACCGAACACUGUAAGGAAACACACCAAGGCAACGGAGCUUUUGUUUGUAAGGACUGUGGAAAACAGUUUCCACUUCCACGGGGCCUUCAACAACAUCGACAGUUUGUCCACAUAGUCGAGGGCAAUUUUGCUUGUGAGCAUUGUGGAAAAUAUUUCUUUAACAAGUUCAAACUGCGGGAGCACAUGAGAAAUAGCCAUUCUGAAAAAGAGUUCAGAUGUGAGGUCUGCAAAAAGGUAGUUGGGUCCCAAACCGCCCUAAACCGCCAUAGGAAGUCGCAUACUCAAGAAGGUUACAAGUUUACAUGUGAUCGCUGUGGAAAGUCUUGUCGUGAUAACAGUACCCUACGUUCGCACAUGAUUUCCCAUAUCAAAGCUAGGCAAUUCCCUUGCACAGUGGCAGGGUGUUUGAUAAGAUAUGGGUCCAAAGGUGCUCUGCAAAUGCACUUUGCCAAAACCCAUUUUCUUUCCCCAGAACAGAUUAAGGUGCAUAUGCUAAGUAUAAUUACUACGGAGAAACAGGAUGGGGAUGAAUUACAGAAGAAAGUGGUUACAGCGCGUGUUCAAAAAAAAAGAAAGUCUGUUACACGGACCAAAAUAUUCUAUGACUUGGAAAGUGAGGAUGAAGACGACUUCAUAGAUUAUUAUUGAAAGCUGUGGACACCACACUGUAGAUAUAGGGAUAGAUGAUUACAAAUCUCUAUAUGGUUGUGUAUCUGGAAAUCAGAAGGAGACAAGCAAGAUAUGAUUUAAUAUGGCUACUUCACCACCAGGCUGCAGCCUAGGCCCAGUUAUUCUUAGGCCUGGUUAGUUAAAAAAGAAAUUACAUCAGUCAGCAAAUUUUUGAAUGUUGAGACUUCUUUGCAUUCUAAUCUAAUUCCUUGAUUAUUAUUUUGAAUGUGUACAUCAUGAAGUAUUUGUGUUGAAAUCGCAUCAAGCUGACGAUACUUUGAAUAAUACUUCUGUUGGAUUGAGUCGUGUAAAAUUAAAAGUUGAUGCUCCUUAUGGUAAAUAUUGAUCAGAACAGAUACUGCUAUGUUUGACAAUGUUCUUUCAAAGUGAGGUGGUUGUUUGGCCUAUUUACUAGGACUACUUAAUCUGUAAAAAGGGGAACCUAAUUUUGAAAUUUGAGAAAGAUCUGCCUGGUGACCAUUUCUUUUUUUCUGAUCAGCCUUAAGAUGAAACAUGCACAACUAAGGACCUAUGAAAAUCAACAUGCAAAAUUGGAUAAAGCUCUGUUGAGUAACUUUAACUUUCAAAAUUCAAGAUGGACACUUUAGUGACCUAAUUGUCAAAAAAAUUCAUAUGCAUAACUAAGGACUAUAACAAAUAUUCACACAGUGUAGGUGACGAAUGUGGCACAUUGCUCCUCUGUAAUUUUAAUUCAUUUUUUUUAGUUUCUUAUUUUGUGUUCCGAAUGGGGGAAAAACAAGAGUUUCCGAAUGCGUUAUGGUACUUAACAUGAAGCCUUGAAGGGUGGUCACUUGCUCCGAUUACCUGCUGCAUUUCAUCUAUUACGCUUUAAAUGAAGAAAAUGUGGAGUCAAACGGGAAAAAGUCUUAAUGAUUAUGUAUAUUGAAGUGAAAGCAUCUGGUAAUUGAGAAUAUUCUCUUAUUUUGUUGCAUUUAUUUGAAAACGAAAGUAGAACACUUUACUUGUAUUUAUCUGUAAUACACUUACAUUUAGU